AUGAUCGGCUUAACAUCACUACGAUCUAACUGGACGAGUCGUUGUGUCGUGUUGGCAGCGUUUCUAUGUUUCUUCGUGUCAGAAUCCCGUACUAUUGUACGAGAUAUAGCCAGCAAUGAGAUCCAGCCAUACCUAGACCUAUCUGAAUUCGCCAGAGUCCGAAAGGGUGAAUGGGUACCAGACUCGGAAUGCAGUGUUCACCAGCAUGAAGUCCUACACGCAGUGAUGGAUCGACUUUGUGAAGUUUGUCAUGAGAUGUUCUUCCACGAACAGGGCAGCUUACGAUCACAAUGCAGGAAACGAUGCUUUGACAACGACGUUUUCCGUAAGUGUCUACAUGUGUUCUCAUCGAUUGACGGCAAAGAUUUGAAAUCACGAAGUGUGGCUGAAUAA